AUGGGAGCAGAGAGAGCGGAGAAGCCCGCACCUGCCGUGCCGGCCUUCCCGCUGAGCUACGUGAGCUCGCCAUGGUCUUUCCGCUCUCAUCUCCGAAGGACUUUAGCCAACGCCAAUAAGGACAACGAGCACCUCGAGUGGUACCUGCCUGCAGUUGAGGAGUACAAAAGGCUAGAGCUCGCUCACUUGGGCGAGGCAACUUACCUCGACUAUGCUGGGGCGGCGUUAUACAGCCGGGCGCAACUCUUGUCGGCACAGGCACUGUUGUUGGACAGUUGCCUUGCCAACCCUCACAGUUCACCGGAGACAGCGCGGCGGGUGGAGAAGAGUCGGGAUCUGGUUCUGCAGAUGUUCAACGUCAGCAGGGCGACUCACUCGGUGGUGUUUACCUCCGGAGUCACCCAGGGCCUGCAAACUUUGGGGGAGCAUUUCCCAUGGACUCAACGUAGCGUCUUCCUCUAUGCGGACGAGAGCCACACCAGUGUGGUUGGUCUUCGCCAGUACGCCAAGGAAGGCAAGUGCUCCUAUGGCAGCUUCGUGCUCGAAGACCUUCCCAAGCUUGAGGAAGAGCUCACGGCAGCUCGAUUCGAAGACUCUGCGCCUCAAGACGCCAAGUCCUUGUACAACCUUAUCGCCUUCCCGGGCGAGUCCAACUUCAGCGGGGUUCGAAGUGACCUGUCCUGCGUGCAGCGGCUGAGGACUGGAAGCCUUAGAUGGAGAGUGCUGUUGGAUGCUGCCAAGCUUGCCUGCUCUCCUGGGGCUCUGGAUCUGAAUAGAUGCCCUGCAGAUUUCACAGUGGUUUCCUUCUACAAGAUCUUCGGCUACCCGACUGGUCUUGGGGCACUGCUCAUUCGGCAUGAGGCCGCGCCUCUGAUCACGCCCCAGGCAGACCUCACCGGAGGUCCGACGAGGCAGGGUACUGGAAGACCUCUCUACUUUGCAGGAGGUUGUGUCUCGUCUCUGUCGGCUCUGUCCGGCUUCGCGAUCCCACGUCCUAAUUUAACGGAGUGGUUGGAGCGGGGUACACCUCAUUUCCUUGGCAUUGCAUCCCUCCCGGCACAGCUUGAGUCAGUAAGGGCGCUUGGCCCCGACCAUGUGCGGUGUCGGCAUGCUAUGGCCGUCGGUAGAGAGGCAUAUCUCCGCACUGCGCGACUUCGCCACAGCAACGGACUCAACGUUUGCACGAUUUUCGGCCGGCACGAUGAGGAGAACUGGUGCGAGGUUCAAGGGCCAACGCUAGCACUAAGUUUGCACUAUGCUAACGGAUCACCGGUCCCUUAUGCGACUGUCGGUGAGAGGGCGGCGGCAAGGCAGAUCGUGAUCCGCACCGGUUGCCACUGCAAUGCUGGGGGUUGCCAGAAGUUUUUAAACCUGGAGGACACCGACAUCCGACAUUUCUUUGCAUCCGGUAAAGUGUGUGGAGACGACAAGGGCUUGGUGGAUGGUCGACCAACUGGAGUGGUUCGUGUUUCCUUUGGCCUGUACUCCACACUAUCGGACGUGUGCAGCUGGAUAUCACUUCUUACCGAGUUCGUGGACAUGAUGCCACCCGACUACUUAGAAGACGGCUGCAAGCUGCCAGACUUGGCCUCACCCGUGUCGUCAACCGCGGCUGGAACCGCGAUUCGAUCCGUUGGAACCGUGAAGGCUCUGAAGGUUUAUCCCGUAAAGGGCUGUGGUCCCCUUCGGGUGGAGCGCUGGCCUUUGGAUGCUGGGUCCCUCUUUUUGGACCGGCGUUGGUGCCUGAAGGUAGAGGGCCGUGGAUUUCGAGCCGUCAGCGCCAAGCAGGCACCCCGGCUAACGACCGUGAGGAUGUCUUUGAAGAGGAAGGCAGGGGAGAAGGCCUUCGUGCUGGUCCUGUCCACCAAGUACCAUGCCAAGACUCUGGAGCUACCUCUGAGCAAGCGCGACUCCGACUUCUUGUGCUCUGCAGGUGUCGAGCCGUGUGGGGAGAGCGGACAGUCCGAGUCCGACGGGUCGGUGUCGUCUGAGGCCUGGUUCGAGCAGCUUCUUGGCAUCCGGAAGCUGCGACUCACUGAGGCCUCGGCAGCCGAGGCUUCUGCAGGGGGCACAGGGGAGGCACCAGCACCAGCCGAGAAGACGGACUUUGCAAAUGCACCGAAGACGCUGUUGCUUGUGUCCACGGCCUCGCUGAGAGAGUUCGGGCGGCUUUGUGGCCUACCAGUGCCUGCAGAUCGCUUCCGAGCGAACCUGGAAGUCGACUUCGCGGAGCCCUACGAGGAAGCUUCCUGGCCUGUGGGUUUGCCGCUGCAAUUAGCAAACACGAUCUUCGAGGCGGCGGGGCGCUGUGUUCGGUGCCAGGCCGUGGACAUCGAUCCUGAGGAUGCCAGCUCCCAAGGACCUUCCCUCUUGGCGGCCUUGGCCACGGCGCAACCGGGAUCUGCGGCCAAAGGCCCUACCUUCGGAGUGCUCCUGCGGACUUCCGAAAUCGGACUGCCCACAAACGCUCUACCUCUGUUGGAGGUCGGCAUGGCCCUGUGCCGGGCGGACAAGCCUCUCUAA